GUCAAGGCCAAAGCACAUUUCAACGCGCGCUAGCAGACGACAAUUUUUCCAUUUCAGUAGUCAGCUUACUAACCAGCGAAACAAGUUAUAGUAAUAAGAUAAGGCUACUCUUAGUUCUUAUUCAUAAGAUUUGUAUACAUUGAUGAUUUCAUUGAUGUUUUUUCUUCUUUGUUCUUCAAAUAAUUAAUAUUUAUCAGGAAUGGAAGAUCAAGUAGUAGCAGAAAUGGGCCAUAAGAGCGAUGAUGAUGAAGAGUCAUUUUUUGCUGACAUUGAUCAACUUCAAAACCAUGGGAUUAAUGUUGCUGACAUCAAGAAACUGAAACAGGCGGGUAUUUGCACCAUAAAGGGCAUUCAUAUGACAACAAGAAAAAAACUUUGCAACAUCAAAGGCAUCUCUGAAGCAAAGAUGGAGAAAAUUAAAGAGGCAGCAUCCAAACUUUGUGAUACUGCUUUCCAAACAGCUUUAGAAUAUGCUGAUAAGAGGAAACAAGUUUUUAAGAUAUCGACAGGUAGCACUGAACUCAAUAAACUUUUAGGAGGAGGAAUUGAAAGCAUGGCAAUCACAGAAGUAUUUGGAGAAUUCAGAACAGGAAAAACUCAACUCUCUCAUACUCUGUGUGUUACCACACAAUUACCAACAAACCAAGGCUACAGUGGAGGGAAGGUUGUCUUCAUUGACACAGAAAAUACUUUUCGGCCUGAUAGGCUAAGAAACAUUGCAGACAGAUUUAACCUGGAUCAGAACGCUGUUCUCGAUAAUGUUCUUUAUGCAAGAGCCUACACAAGUGAGCAUCAGUAUGAGUUGCUGGACUUCGUGGCAGCAAAAUUCUAUGAGGAACCCGGUGUGUUUAAACUCCUGAUAAUUGAUUCUGUCAUGGCAUUGUUUCGGGUGGACUUCAGUGGUCGGGGAGAACUUGCUGACCGGCAACAGAAACUUGCUCAACUGUUGUCCCGAUUGCAGAAAAUAUCUGAAGAGUAUAAUGUUGCAUGCUUUGUCACCAAUCAAAUGACUGCAGAUCCUGGAGCAGCAAUGAGUUUUCAGGCAGAUCCAAAAAAGCCCAUUGGAGGGCAUAUUCUAGCACAUGCUUCUACCACUCGAGUAAUGCUUCGUAAGGGUCGAGGGGAGAACAGAAUAGCCAAGAUCUAUGACAGUCCUGACUUGCCAGAAAAUGAGGCAACCUUUGCAAUCAGUGGUGGAGGAAUUGUUGAUGCCAAAGACUAACGGAUUGAAGAAAGGCAUACAAGUAUCAAGAUAAAUACUCUUUUUUGGUUUUCCACAUAAGGCCAAAGAAGUAUCCCAUGCACAGCAGCUACUGAGGCACUCCAUGUACACGGAAUCUGUACACACAGGUGUAUUCUUUG